ACUCUUUUUUCUGCUUCUCCCCUCUCUGCUCCAUAGGACCAUAUCUAUCUGUUUCAGCUCUUUGAUUUUGAAUUGUUUUCUUCUUAAAUCAAUAAAUUUAUAAGAAGAACAGCAGUUUCAAUGGAAAGCGACGCUGAAGAGUCGUUGAAGAAGAGGCAAAAGAAGAACUCCUUUGCUGCAGAUUCUUCUCGCAAGCCACUCGAACUGAUUCCAUUUCGUCCUUACCAAGUGAUGGGAGAAGUGAAUUUCAUUCAGGAGGAAGAUGUUCGGUUGGAGAGUACACGAGCUAGAUUUUCAAAUGUUCUCAAGAGGCAUGGGGCAUUGGCUGAGCGUCUUGCUAGGGAUUCUGACAAGAUGAUAUUUGAGCGUCUACAGAAAGAAUUUGAAGCUGUACGAGCAUCUCAAACUCGAGAAGUUUACUUAGACGGUGAAGAAUGGAAUGACGGUCUAUUAGCUACAAUAAGAGAGAGGGUUCACAUGGAGGCUGACAGAAAGGCAAUGCCAGCGGACCCGAAUACAGUGCCAUCUAAUCACGCUGAAGAAAACAUAACAUAUAGAGCUGGAAAUAAGGUGAUUUGUUGUUUAGAAGGGGCAAGAAUUGGCAUUCAGUAUGAAACAUCUUUUGCAGGAGAACCCUGUGAGCUUUACCAUUGUGUGCUUGAGAGCAAAUCAUUUCUUGAAAAGAUGACUGUCCUUGAACACACAAUUCCUUUCUUUUUGCCAAUACGAGAAGCAGAAAAUGAUCUUCUUUCGUCCAAUGCCAUGAGAUUUAUAGACUAUAUUGGAGAACUUUUGCAGGCUUAUGUUGAUAGAAGGGAACAGGUUCGGCUGAUAAAGGAGCUGUAUGGAAAUCAAAUUGGGGAGCUGUUUCAUAGCCUUCCUUACCAUAUGAUAGAAUUUGUACUAGACGAUUUUGAUUGCAAAGUGACAGUCAGUCUUAGAUAUGCAGACCUCAUUUUGGUACUUCCAACUCGAGUGAGAGUCUUUGCAUGGCCAAUAAAUCAAUUCAAGAAAAAUGGAGCAUUCGGAAGUCAGCCAAGUCCAGCUCGUCUGCCUUACGCUGAGGAUGCCUUGAGAACAAUGAGUUUACCAGAAGCUUAUGCAGAGAUUGUGUUGAAUCUUCCUCGUGCAAUUCAGCAAAUCUUUCAGGAUAUGAGCCCCACUUAAUGCUUCUCUUUUUUUUUUUUUUUUUUUUUUGUAGGAAAACUACAAUGUACAAAACUAUAGCAGAAUAGUAUGUAGUAACUCAAAAGGCAAAACUGAUGCUUACCAUACAAGAUCAGCUUUGUCAAAUGCUUAACUCGCUAGUCGAUUGUGGUGCAAAUUGGAUACAAACUUGGUUUCACCAGUUUAUAUAGCAAGCAAUAACUAAUUUUGCA